AUAUGUUUCAUCCUGAACACGCUGAAGCAGAUGUGUUUCCUCUGCGUGGUAAUGCCUGAAGGCGUUGUAUUUGGAGGACGGACACUGGGUAUAAUACGACUGUUAUAAACUGUUGAUAGAUUCAGCGAACAGGAAGCACAUGUAUGUCCUGGUGACUUGAGGCCAACGCUUAUUUUGCAAGAUUGCAAAACACAACUAUUUGAAGCGAACGUGCAACGCACGAACACACCAUCUCGGAAGGGGGAGAAGAAAACACUAAAGCCAGGACACUUGUAUGUGCAGGGAAGUGGCACACGCCGGUAAUCGGUGUUGAUCGGCUUGGGCUCGGGCUCGGGCAGGGAGCCUCAGCGGGAGACAGACGCGCAGUGAGAGUGUCAUGGCCGCCAACCGCAGCUGACGAAACGGGUUACAAUAUGAGGACGCGAGACACCGCCCUCAACUGUAACACUGAGGGGGAAUAUUUCUUUGCUGCUCCGCCACAGUUGGGGAGCUGGCAGACCUACUAAAUAUCUGAAGACCACGAGGCUUUGACGCUUUCUACAGGUGCACCUACACCCAGAGACGCCUCUUCCCUGGCUCUGUUUCAUCACUAUCAUGGCAUACUAAAGGAAUCUGUGAUAUGAACAUGGAGGUGGAACAGACAAAUCCAAGCAGUCAUAAUGAGGAUCAAGCUGCUGCCAAUGACAGGGGAAACUGGCAUAGUCGCCUGCGACUCAGGAAAUCCUCAGCUUUGUCUCGCACUGUGAAAAGUACAAUCGAAGUGCCUAAGUUCGAUAAAGAUCUGACUAAGAAGUCAUCACAAAACGAACAAAAGGAUCACAAUGCAGUGGACUCCUUUGGCAGCAAGCUCACGUUUACUUGCAAUGAUUGCAAAGAUGGCACAAGCUUGUCAAAACCCUUUCAUGGAGGAAAAGGACACCCAGAGUGUUUUCCUUGUGACACAUGUAGUUUUGUUGAUUCUGACUUCACUACAUUGCAACAGCAUUACACAAAACACUCAAGGCUCACAUUAGAGACGUGCAACAAUAAAGGCUCGCAAAUGCCAUCCCAAUUCACAAAGCAUUAUAAAAUGCACAACAAUCAAUAUCAGUGUGAAAAGCUCACAUGUGUGGUGCAUAACUGUUGUCCACACAGCACUGUACCUGCUACGGACAGUAGUGCAAAGUCAGCUGUUAAGCCCAUGAAUGGUGAACUUAAUAGGAAUCUUUUGACUGAUGCUACAGGAGAACCUCAGAAAGAUGAACUCCUAAAGAACAUGACUUCUCCCUGCCAUCAAGGGUGGAGCAGAAAGAACUGGUGGAAAAAUAGAGACAUUGCCCUGAAACAUCCCAAAAGUACUGCUCCGGACGUCAAAUUCCUGAUUCCAAAAUCAGAAAUCCAGUGGACAUCUGAGAAAUAUUUGCCUUUUUCAGCAGCAGGUUUGCUUGAUGAAAACGGUGAACUAUUCAAUCCAACACGGACUUUGGAGGAGACUAAGCAGUUUCUGGAAAAGACAGCUAAAUGUGGGAAAAAAUGGCCUGUGACUCUAAGAGGUGAACUCAAUCUCUCUCAAUCUCUGUCCUGUCCUGGACCUUUCCUUUCUGAGCCAAAGAUGAAACGUUGUGUCACACCACUUCCUGUACUAAAUUCUGGAAAUGAACUUUCUGGUCUCAUAGAAAAGAACAAUAUCUCAGUUCCACCUGAUUGCACUACAAAGAUUGUUGGUUUCAAGAUGGUGGAUGGAAAAAAGCAUCUUGUUCUUAAAGUCAUACCUUCAGCCAAGCCAGAUGUUUCUUCAAACAAGGGAGAAGAUCAUGCAGGAUUAAACCAGGAAGAUAUAAAUGAUGCAAGAUUAGACCCUCAUAUUGAGAGACCCAGGGAUCAAAUGUGCAGCGAAUCAUGCAAUACUGCCACAGCAGAUUCUACAUUCAGCGGCUUUGAUUCUACCUCAAGGUUACACCAGUCCAAAAAGCAAGGAGUUGGUAAAGAAGGAGACCAAAGUACAAUAGGAGACGUGUCUCAGUCUGAUAACACUGAAAAUGACUGUAGCAAUGGCGAAUGUACAUUAAAGGGAAGUCCUAAUGCACCUGAACAACACGCACUCUCAGGAACAGGUGAGGAUUUUAAUGUAGUUAGUCAGAUGAAGAAUAAAAAAACGGCAUCUCCUGAGGUCAUGUUUAACUCCAAUGACACUAAUGACCUCAAUGAAGUAAAUGCAGAUGUGUCAGGGGAAGUACAUUCAUUCAGAGAAGACGACAUUCCAACCAUGCAAACAAAUAUGCAGGAGAUAAUAGACAUACCAAAACACACUGACAAUCGGAAAAAAAUGGCAAGAGGUGACAAAGAGACGAAUUCAGAGACUUUCGAAGGUCAAGAUGAUAAAAGUUUUGUUGAAGCUCUGUUUUCUGGUACUUCAUCUGAGAGCACAGAAGAAAGAAUACACUCCCAGCCCAUAACCUUGAUGUCUGGGAAAGAAAAAAGCCCUGGUAGCUACAUGAUGAAUAAGGUUAAAAAGUCAGGGGAAGAAGCAACUUUAAUACAAUCACCUUCGGAUCACUGGAAUUACCGGAGAAUGGUUCAGAAAGUUGUAAAAUCUCCCACAAAUAUCAUUGAUCUACCCGUCGCAUCCACAAGCAACAAUAUUACUAACUCUCUGUUUGUUUCCCCAAGUGAGCAUGGACAUUUGCUUUUCCAAGACAGUGGAGAUGAGAACACAAACCACAUAGACCCUCAACAUGCUCAUGUCCCCCAAGAUCAGAACAGUACACUGGAAACUGUAGAGGAACCUUACUUAGCUUUGUUAUCGCUUGAAGACUCUUGCCAUAAUCCAGACCCAUAUCAGACUCUCGAAGAGCUCACUGUUACCACAGUAAGCCAUUUGCUGGAUGAUUCUGAAGUUACUUACAGAGGUAUUGCCUCUGAGUCUCAACCAGGGAGCCUGGCUACCCAGCAUGUGUCUAUGCACUCACCCAAAGCCAUAGCAGUAGCAGCAGUGACUAAUGAACAGGUAUCUCCACCACUAAUGACUAAACCUACAAUCAAUAGGAAGAGACAGCGAGAACCAGCAUCAAAAGCCCCUCAGGGAUGCUUCUUGAAAUCUAAAAGGCAGCUUGUUCGAAAUUCCAAUAAGUCAUCAGCAUCUAACCCUUACUGGGAACCACUUCCUCCAGAAAUAGAAAGGACUCUGCGUCUCUUUCCCGUUCGCUCCUCACAGCAUGUAAAAGUACCACGUCUAAACCAGCCUGUCGUAGUCCUCAAUCACCCGGACACAGAUAUUCCAGAAGUGGCGAACAUUAUGAGAUCCGUUCACAAACACAAAGGGGCUGUGCAAAGGGUCGCUCUUUCUCAGGGAACUCUCAAAGCCCUUUCGGAGCUUAACUGCGACACAUUCCGUAAUGCACGUGCAGACAACUUGCAUUCGUCUCACUACAAACGAGUGUGGCCUCAAGGGACAGUUAAAGAAAGAUUCAUCCUCAAUCUGAAGCUGAAGAGGUUAGGUGGAAAUAAGUUUAAAGUGGCAAAUUUAAGCUCCAAUGCUAACCAUCUUACCAGGAACUCCAGGUUCACAUGCUGGUUUUGUGGUCGCCUCUUCAGGAACCAGGAGAUGUGGGUCGGUCAUGGUCAGAGGCACUUUAUGGAGGCUACACGAGACUGGAACAAGUUAUUUAACAGUGGAAGACAGGGGGAUUCUUCUCUAGAGUUUGAGUGAUAUUUAGCUUCAUGGAAGAAAUGUAUUUUUUUUGUGUGCAUAGCUUGUUCUAUAUUUUGAGUUUUAUACUCAUAUGCACAGCUCAGGGUUUGCAGAGCAGGUCAGGAAAUGUGUUUUUGGAUUUUUUGAGCUUUAUGACUACAUCAUGCUUAGUAGAGUUCGGUUGAGAAACCAUCUCAGGGACAGUUGGCCAACAGAAAUGUUUAUUCAGUCUUUCUACUUUGGUGCGAGUGUACGUUAUUGUAAAAGCAAUAUGCAUUAUUUAUUUCAAAAGCACUUGUUUGUAAAGUAAUGUGACCAAAAAAUAAUUGCUGUACAAUUGAAUUUAACUGAUUUAAAAACA